AACAAACAUUUGAAGGCACCAUGAGGCUCCUGGAUGAGUCUCGUCAGAAUGAAAGUGAUGGAGGCAGCCGCAUACAUGAGAGAAGAAUUCAAAACGAAGAGACGUUCCAGAGUUGGACGCUGCUCCCCGCUGAUCCACAGAAACCAUACAGACGCUCCCGGGGGUUUGUCAAAGGUUGUCUUUUGAAGCUAAAAUAUUGCCUGGAAAGAGUGUGCGGGAUGGAAUGGUACGUCUAUGCUGCUCUUGGAAUGUUAAGCGCCAUUCUCAGCUUUCUUAUGGACCUGAGUGUAAGCAAGCUCCUGACAGCUCACCAGUGGCUUUAUAGCCAGCUGGAGGGUAGCAGUCUGCUCCAGUUCUUCUGUUGGACUCUUUACCCAGCAUGCCUCUGUGCUAUCUCAGCUUCACUCUGCCACAACAUCUGUCCCUUCUCCACAGGCUCCGGAAUACCAGAGGUGAGGACCAUGCUGACGGGCAUACAACUUCCGCAUUACUUAUCCCUCACCAACAUGUUCAUCAAGUUCCUGGGUCUCAUUUGUACACUGGCAGCUGGGAGCACAAUUUUCCUGGGAAAAGUGGGUCCAUUUGUGCAUCUUUGCACCAUGAUGGCUGGCUACUUGAGCAAGCUCUGCUCACUACUACAAGCCACAAAGCAGAAAGCAGAUGGAGACAUGUUAGUUGUAGCCACUGCAGUCGGUGUCGCGAGCUGCUUUGGAGCACCUGUUAGUGGUGUGCUCUUCAGCAUGGAGGUGAUGUCCUCUCACUUCGACAUGCAGAACUACUUCCCAUGUUUCUUCUCAGUGGCCUGCGGCGCAUUGACCUUCCGCUUGUUGUCUGUUUGGAGUGGCGAUGAAGAGACUCUUCAGGUGUUGUUUCAAACCAAUUUCCCCAUGGAAUUACCCUUCCUCCCGUCAGAGAUUCUGCUCUUUGCUCUGCUGGGGUGGCUCUGUGGAGCUGUCAGCUGCUUGUACCUCUCCCUGCAUCGCCUCAUGCUGGAGCUCAUCACCACAAACGCAGGGGUCAUCAACAUACUGAAAAAACAGAAAGCACUGUACUCUGCCGUAGUGGCCUUCUUUUUGGCAUCUCUUACCUUCCCUCUCUCCAUGGGACAACACAUGGCUUCCAAGUCCACCAUGAAGCAGCUGCUCACCUCCUUACUAGAAAACACACCGUGGACGUCUCAAUCUCACAAUGCCUCGUGGCAGCUGGAAACAGAGUGGGGCUCGUCUGACUAUUCCGUCUACCUGUCGCUGACUGUCUUUCUGCUUAUGAAGCUGUGGAUGUCGGCGCUUGCCUGCACUUUGCCUCUGCCAGCCGGGUACUUCAUGCCAGUCUUCAUCUAUGGGGCAGCUAUGGGUCGUUUGCUUGCAGAAGGAAUACUUUACAUUUCCUCCCGCACACAGGAAUGGUCUUCUAUUAAUCCUGGGAGAUAUGCACUUGCCGGUGCAGCAGCAUUCUCCGGGGCUGUGACACACACCUUAUCACCGGCCCUCUUGGCCUUAGAGUUAACCGGUCAAUUCGGCCACGUUGUUCCCGUCCUCCUUGCCACUCUGCUGGCCAAUGGCGUCGCUCGCGCUGGCAGCCGCCCAUCUUUCUAUGACGCUGUCUCCAUCAGCAAGAGGCUGCCGCAUCUGCCCUCUCUCAUCAGGAUCCGUCCAGGGCUUCUCUCCAUGCAGUUGGAACACGUUUUGGGAGCAAAACGAGUGCAGCUGCAGAAAGCGGCUGGCCCGGAGGAGGUCCGACAUGUUGUGAACAGCAGCAGCGAGACGCAAAUCCCUGUAGUGGACUCACAUGAGGCACCCACAUUGCUGGGCUUUGUCACGCGAUCACAGCUGCUGAUGUUUCUGCGUCAAUGUGGCAUUUCCCAGAGAGUGGAUCGGCAUCUAGAGGAGGUAUGCAGCAUUCAACCUUCUUUUGCCCUGUUGUGUCCUCACAACACCAUUCAGGAGGCUUUAAGCAUCCUGAGACUUGCGGGGGGGCAGACUGUGUUUGUCACUGACAGAGGAAGGCUGCUUGGGCGGGUCACCUGGUCUGAGAUGAAGAGAAUUUUAGAAGACUUGGCCAAAGAAAUCUAAGGCGUCCUGAGGAGAAACAGACAUGCCUGACCUUUUCACUAACCUGUAUUAAACUUGCAUCUAAUGCAAACCAAAAAAACAAAAGAAAAGAAAAGAGCCUGAGCACUACUUCAUCCACUUUAAAUUCACCAGUGUGGUGAUGUGGAAGAGCUGUUUAUAUGAUUGCACAGUACCUGACUAUUGCCACGAUGAAUACAUUUUCACAAAUAUGAAUAAGUAAUGAACACAGAAUUACAACUUCUUCACUGUUCGCACAUCAAUGGCUGUACGUCGAUACGGCUUCUUCUCUGCGAUUGCACAUGCCAACU